UUUCAACUGCUUACCAGAUCAAACCAUUCUAGGGUUUCGCAUUUGGCGGGGAAGGAAAAGCGGACCGAGAUAGCAUGGUUUGACAGAGAGAUUGAAGGAGAUAGAAUGACGAACAAAUUAAUGAAUCAGAUGGGAUUGCACAAAUCGAAAACUAAUAUUUUCGCAGAGCGAAUUAUUAACACAGCUAAGGAAGCUUUAUCCUUAACUGAAUUUGAGUUGAUGGAGUUAUUGGACGUGGGAUUGUUGGAAGUUGCAGCAGCAGUUGCGCACAUUAUUGAAAUUGCUUCUCCUCCUUAUCAGACGAGGUUUAGACGAGGCCUUAUUUGGUGGAAUCCCAUUUGGUGUCUUGACAGAGCUUGUUGGUCCAGCUUGAAUUGGCCAAACGCAAGAUGAUUGAAAUUGACAUGAGAAGCUUUCCUGAUGUAUUGGAAAUGAAGGACAUAGCACAAGAGGUAUCAAACUGAUAUAUAUUCUCUUCCUUUCAAAUUUUAAUUUAAAAUGCAUAAGAUGGAUCAUUCUCAAUUUUCA